AUGGGAUUCAAAUUUACCUUCCUGUGCGAUCUUUUGUCCAGCCUCGAAGACAACACAGUGGCCCGGGCCACUGCUGUCAAGAAGGAUACAGUAGACAUACGAACUAUCGGGCAGUGGUUUGCUCGACAUGACCGACACAUUCAUCAUGCAGACACAGACAGGCUGGCACUAUUAUCGUGCAUGUUUCCCGAGAGACGCAUAGACCGGGUAUACUGGCUGCAGGCUACCUCGCUAGCUAGAGUCAUCGCCCGCUGUUUGGGUCUGGGAUCAUCCCGUUUGGCAGAGCUAGACCAAUGGCGCAAGUCUGGAGGCCCUGAUCUCGGACAAUGCGUGGAGAAUGUCAUGCGGCAGGCCGAAAACGACGUCCCCCAGAGCCGAGAAGUGACAGUAGAAGAAAUCGACCUGGCCCUGGGCAUGAUUGCAUCCCGAUGCCGCUUUUCGGGUCCUCAAGUUCGUCGUCAGAAGACUGCCGUGGACGUGGAAGGUGCUCUAUCACCUUUAUAUCGUCGACUGAGUAGCCGUGAUGCUAAGUGGCUUACUCGUAUGAUCUUGAAGAGCUACCCCGUCGUGCUUCCGCAGAAGUAUACUCUAGAUCGGUUCCACUUUUUGCUUCCAUAUCUCCUCCAAUUCCAAGACACGUUCGAGGGUGCUUUACAAAUACUUUCUUCAGAGCCGAUGAACCAUUUUCCAUCUCGUCCAGAUCCCCGACUUGCCGCCAACUUGUGCUCGAUUGCCCUUGAACAUCUGCAGCCACGCCCCGGAGUUAAAAUCGGACGACCGGAAUAUUUCAAAGCUCGCAGUAUCAAAGAUUGCCACCAGAUGGCAAAGCGUCGUCGUAUGAGCAUCGAACGGAAAUAUGACGGGGAAUAUUGCCAGGUUCACAUCGACCUCACGAACAAGCAAAACCCAGUACAAAUCUUCUCCAAAAGCGGCAAGGACUCGACAGCGGACAGGUUUGGCAUAAUUCCAACUGUAGAGGAAUCCCUUCAAAUGGAAACCGCCAAAUGCAAGUUCGCGCGCCACUGCAUUCUUGAAGGAGAACUGCUUGUGUGGAGUGAAAAACAGAAUGGAGUGGCAGACUUCCAUAAACUUCGAAAAUUCCUUCCUCGAUCAGGCACGUUUAUUGGGAUUGACAGCGACUCUCCGCCCCAGCCUUAUGAACAUCUGAUGAUCGUUUUCUUUGAUAUUCUUUUGUUUGACAAUGAUGUCUGCUUGAGGGCGCCCUAUCGGCAAAGAAGACGACUACUCCAAGAUGUAGUCCAUACAAUCCCUGGACGAGCCGCCAUCGCUGAGCAGGAAAUCCUAGAUUUCAGUCGGCCCGACAGCCGAGAUCGAUUAGAGGUCAGCUUUGCCAACGCAAUCGCUCAGAGAUGGGAGGGAUAUGUCCUGAAGGCUUGCGACGAGCCGUAUUUCCCUAUGUAUUCUGCCGGCGUGGACAUGGCAUUUGGUCGGUGGAUCAAGCUUAAGAAAGAUUACAUCCCCGGCCUGGGAGACACUGUCGACCUCGCUUUAAUUGGUGGGUAUUAUGAUGCUCAUGAUGCUGCAGCUUCCUUUAAAAGCUUGCGGUGGACACACCUUUUAGUUGGAUGUCUUCUAAACAAGGACGACGUCGAGCUGUCCGCGGCUGUACCUCGAUUCAAAGUGAUCGACGUUGUCAACCAUCACUGCAUGCACCGAGACAUCCUUCAAUAUCUCAACCAAAUCGGAGAGUUUCACGCGUGCGACCCCGAAGAUUUCCAGGGAUUUGACCUUGAAUAUGGGCAUGCCAAUCUUCCUCGAGCAUCCAACCUUUUCAAGAAGCCAUUUGUGGUGGAGAUGAUGGGCAGCGGGUUUGGAAAGCCGUCCAAUGCUCGAUACUUCACCCUGCGAUUUCCUCGUAUCCUGAAAGUCCACACCGACAGAACAUUUCAAGAUGCAGCCUCUCAUCGAGAGCUCCAACUUUCCGCAGAAGAGGCUCGGUCUAUACCAGUGGAUGAUAUUUUCAAAGAAAGAGACGAGUGGCGCAAACGAUUGAAGGCUGGCAAUGGACUCAACCAGUAUAUUGUGCAAAGAUCGCGGAGUCCAUCUUCAAGAAGCUCCAGUGUUGAACCAAAUGCGGAUUCGGAGGCGGAUGGAUCAUCGGUUACAUCUCAUGAUGAUGAGGACUCCUUCUAUUCGCUUCGAAAUGAAGGACAUGCACACCAAACUCGAUCCACCGGCCGUGGCCCACAGCACAACAGUGGAGCUGCUUCUGCCGUGUACAUCGAUGAGACCUCUUUCCCGGAGAAGCUUCAGAGUCCUCAGAAUGAUGGCGUCCUGGCUGAAAACGAGAACUUGUCACGUCGCCGAUCCUGUAGCCAGACAGGAGCCAACACCCUUGCUCAAACACUCAAUAAAUCCGGCAAAUUUUCGCUAAGCAAAGUGCCAAUGAAAGCGAUGCCGACUAUUUCAUCCAAUUCACAGAUAUCAAGAAUCGUCUCUACACACCACGCACAUGCCCCACGUUCACAUCCCAUGGCUGCAUCUUCCAACGAAGAUGAGCCUCGCUCCCCCUCUGACAACCAUCCCCAUACUCCUUCCAAUCUCCGACCCAAACCAAAAGGGUCCGCUGGCCUUGACAAAUUCCUCCAAGCCCUAGGCUCCACCGAGUCAAGAACUUCUCUUCGGCAAUCUAACCCCAAAGCCGUCUCCAAGGGCAUAGCUUUUGGUAUCGCACUUGUCAACCCUCGUGUAUCGUCUCUUGGUCAAGAGAUCCAUCAGAUCGCCCUAGCCGUUCGGGGUUUCAGAGCCAGACAAUCCUGUCUACCAUCAGGAAGAAUAUUCUUUCUGGAUUCCGGUAUUGUAAAAGAAGACGUGCACCACGAGGAUUUGCAGUUUUGCCUGCGCGCAACUUGGGUGGAUCUUGGUCAAAAGUACUACUACGCUUGUCUACACUGGGAUUUGGGUCCAGAUUCGAGCAGAGAAGUUGGUCAAUCUAUUCGCUGUCACGCUCAAUUGGAUACUCGCUACAAGAGCUCCGAGCCAGGAAAAAUCCCGCCUGUUGCCGUGAGCUUUGAUCCAAAUGAAAUUCUGGCUUUGGGCGAGUACAGGUCCAUCAACCCGCUCCUCCACGUCGAUAAGUAA